AUGCUUAGCUUGAGAUAUUCAUUACCGUAUCUUCCUCAAACAAGGGACUCAACUAAACUCUUCUCCAAGAAGCCAAACAAUGUUGUGGUUUGUGCGGCUAGAGGUCCAAGACCUAGAUAUCCUCGAGUUUGGAAAACAAGGAAGAGGAUUGGAAGUAUCUCCAAGGCUGCCAAAAUGAUAGCUUGUAUUAAAGAACUGUCGAAUGUUAAAGAAGAAGUAUAUGGAGCGCUUGAUUCCUUCAUUGCCUGGGAGUUAGAGUUCCCUCUUGUUAUUGUCAAGAAGGCUUUAGCUAUUCUUGAAGAUGAAAGAGAGUGGAAGAAGAUUAUUCAGGUGACAAAAUGGAUGCUGAGCAAAGGCCAAGGAAGAACAAUGGGAACUUACUUCUCAUUACUAAACGCUCUAGCAGAAGAUAACAGGCUUGACGAAGCUGAGGAGCUAUGGAACAAGUUGUUCAUGGAACAUUUAGAAGGAACUCCAAGAAAGUUCUUCAACAAAAUGAUCUCUAUAUAUUACAAGAGAGACAUGCACCACAAACUCUUCAAGGUCUUUGCUGACAUGGAAGAGCUUGGAGUGAAGCCAAACACUGCGAUUGUGAAUAUGGUUGGAAAAGUGUUUUUGAAACUUGGAAUGGAUGAUAAGUACGAGAAGCUGAUGAAGAAGUAUCCUCCACCACAGUGGGAGUUCAGAUACAUCAAAGGAAGACGUGUUAAGGUCAAGGCAAAGCAGCUCAAUGAGCUAAGCGAAGGUGAAGGAGGCUUAAGCAGCGAUGAAGAUAAGAUUGAUAACGAGAUUGAGAGUAAAACUAAAAUGUUGUCAGAUGAGGUAGCAAACCAAGAUGGUGAGUAUUUCAGUGAAGAGGAAGAAGAAGAACUUUUGGGCGCGAAUCAAAGACAGACUGGAACAUCUGGAGAACCCUGUCUUGAUCAUUUGGACUCUUCUUGA